CCCACCAAACUUUUCGAGCUCUUUGCAUCGUUAACAACGAACGAGAGGUACACAAGCUCAUAAAAGUUAAAAAGAAACACCACAAAACAGAAUCGAUUUCUCCAAAGUUUUGAGUUUUGGAUCUCUUAUAAUUUGAUAAUUCUAAACAUAAUAGCUCUGUAUUAUCUUCUUGAUUUAAUUUCUUAAUUUGUAUUUUGGGGUUCAAUGGGUUCUACAAUUAGAAUUGGGUCAUCAAUUCUCUUGCCCAUUUCUUCUUCUUCUUCUUCACCAAAAUCAUCAAAUAUACUGAGGAAUGAUAAGAUUGGAUAUGGGUUUCAAUUCAGUGGAAAUGGGUGCAUCACAAAAAUCUCUGCCAUCACUCCUAAUGGCUCUGUUUUUCCUUCUGCUUCUUCUCAUGGGGAGUCAAGUUCAAUGGGAGAUGUGCAUAGAAGAAGAAGCAGUCUUGAAUCUCUGUUUUGUUACGAUAAGCCUAUACCAGAGGAGAGAAUUGAGGAGCCCGUAGGUGUUUCGUUGGCUGCAAAAGUAAUUGGAGAUAAUCCUCGGUGCACUGAUUGCCAAGCCAAAGGCGCUGUUCUCUGCACCACAUGCUCUGGUUCUGGCUUAUAUGUUGACUCUAUAAUGGAAAGCCAGGGCAUCAUUGUCAAGGUCAGGUGCUUAGGUUGUGGUGGGACAGGGAACAUCAUGUGCUCAGAAUGUGGUGGCCUAGGUCAUCUUGGACCCAAGAAAGCUUCUGAUUUUACUGUUUCCAUUUCCCUUCCAUUCAGUUGAUGCAACAAUGGAGAUGCAUUCAUUUGCCUUGGUGGUGUGUCUGGUCGUGUUUCAAAUUUUCAAUCUAAAACAAUGAAUCUGGAGUCAGCAAGCGAGAUGAAGUUAGCUUCAGAUGAUUGUUAAGCUCCACGUCUCUGAAAUUCUUGAAUGCGAAAUAGUAUAGUUGGGUCAAGCCGUGGGUUCUCUGGGUUCUCUGUGUAAGCAAUGUAGUAAGCUGCAACACAUGAUUGUUGCCAUGCCAUUGCUAUCCGACACUGCAAGCAAAAAAAAUCGUCAUCGAACUUUGUGAGUUUCCAAGUACUGUUGUAAGAAAUGUUUACAAUACUAAAGAUAGCUGAUCUCUUACCAUGAA